UGUAACUGUACCUAACAAAGAGAUGACAAACAUAUUUCUAGAUAUUAAAUAAAUUGUUACCCUUCGUGCAUUUUGUUUAUUACUUAUCGCCAAUAAUAUUCGAUAAAAUAAGGGACAAGAAAGUAAAUGCUGGAGAAAUAGACAGUAGAAGUUGCAACAAAUUUUUAGACCGAACAAAACUUUAAACUACAGUAUGUCAUCUCGUGGGAGAGAUGAGCACAUUCCUCACCAACAUUCAAUGUCCUCUACGCCUGGGGUAUCAUCAUCCAGUUCAUCGCGAACACUUUCUCUGGUGGAAAAACAAAAGUAUAUCGAAGAAUAUGAUUUCCCCUAUUGCGAUGAGUCGUCUAAAUAUGAAAAGGUAGCAAAAAUCGGUCAGGGUACAUUCGGCGAGGUUUUUAAAGCGCGUGAAAAAAAAGGUAAUAAAAAAUUUGUAGCCAUGAAAAAGGUGCUAAUGGAUAACGAAAAAGAAGGCUUUCCAAUUACUGCACUUCGUGAGAUCCGUAUUUUACAACUGUUAAAACACGAAAACGUUGUAAAUCUUAUAGAAAUUUGCCGAACCAAAGCGACUGCCAGUAAUGGCUAUCGUUCAACAUUUUACCUAGUUUUUGAUUUCUGUGAGCACGAUUUGGCUGGUUUAUUGUCGAAUAUCAACGUAAAAUUUAGCCUUGGCGAAAUAAAGAAGGUUAUGCAACAGUUAUUAAACGGAUUAUAUUAUAUUCACAGCAAUAAGAUUCUGCAUCGAGACAUGAAGGCAGCGAAUGUACUUAUUACUAAACAUGGAGUGCUAAAACUAGCAGAUUUUGGCCUUGCGCGCGCUUUUAGCAUACCUAAGAAUGAUGUCAAAAAUCGUUACACAAAUCGAGUUGUUACAUUAUGGUAUCGACCUCCCGAAUUACUGCUUGGUGAUCGGAACUACGGUCCACCAGUAGAUAUGUGGGGCGCUGGAUGUAUUAUGGCUGAAAUGUGGACACGUUCACCUAUCAUGCAAGGUAAUACAGAACAACAACAACUUACUUUCAUCUCUCAACUAUGCGGUUCAUUUACACCUGAUGUUUGGGCUGGUGUGGAAGAACUGGAAUUAUAUAAAAACGUAGAUUUACCAAAGAAUCAAAAGCGGCGUGUCAAGGAACGCUUACGUCCUUACGUAAAGGACCCUAACGGUUGUGAUCUACUCGACAAACUUUUGACGUUGGAUCCAAAAAAACGUAUUGAUGCGGAUACUGCUCUUAACCAUGACUUUUUUUGGACAGAUCCGAUGCCCAGUGAUUUGAGUAAAAUGCUUUCGCAGCAUUCGCAAAGUAUGUUCGAAUAUUUGGCACAGCCUCGAAGAAGUAAUCAAAUGAGAAAUUAUCACCAACAAUUGGCGACAAUGAAUCAAAAACCUCAAGAUAACAGUUUAAUUGAUAGAGUUUGGUAGUUAUUACCUUAUAGCGGCUUAAUGUCGACCCUUAAAGAAUGCAAUGCAGGUAUAUAUGGUUACAACCCGCUGACUGCCAAAUAUUAUUGCAUUCGUGUUUUCUAAAUUUUUAAACAGACUCAUAUUUAGUAUUAGGUUCACGUUUAACAAUAGUUUUAUACAUUUAAUUAAAAAGUAGGAUGUUUUUUGAAUUUAAGGCUGAAACCGCAGAUUGUAUGCGCAAAUAAAUUUUGUUAUACAACCGUAUACCAAAUGUUUUUUUGUUUUUUAUGUUUUCGUUAUACUUAACAACUUUUAAAUUAUCUAAAUGUUUUGGGCAUUCAGCAUACGUAAUCAAUAAGUAAAUUAAUAUCGGAAAUCGUUUUAAAUAAAAUUUUUGAUUUAUUAUA